AUGUGAAGAAGAUCAAAAUGGACGCUUGAUAUUUGUGUUAACAAAAUGAAUUUGUUUUAAAAUUUUCUGGUUAACCGGUGCUAGACUAUAUUAAAUAUCAUUUCAAAUGAUUCAGUGCGCUGUUUUAUCAUCAACUGCCAAACGUGGACGGGCAACAUAACCUCGAAAAUGUGACUUACUAGUGAAAGGAUCAGUACCACUAAGAUGCCUGUACAGGGGCCACAGUGGACAGAAUUCCUGUCCUGUCUCGUUUGUUUUAAAGUAUUUGAUGACAAACUCCACCAGCCUAUCAGUCUGGGAUGCAGUCACACAGUCUGCAAGUCGUGUCUGUUGAAGUUGCAGCAGCUGAAGUGUCCAUUUGACCAGAGUUCAAUCACCGUCGGUGUAAAAGAUCUCCCAGUGAACAACGCUCUGUUGCAGCUCGUCAGUGAUGGUGUUCACAAGCACAACUUUGAUGUCACCAGUCUUGCUGAGAAUGCAAAAUAUUACACGUCGGCAACGAAGUGUAUCGAGGAUCUGGCUCUCCUUCUGAAGCCACUUUUAUAUGAAGCUCAUUUACCAAAGGCAGACUUGGAUGAAGACUGCUCCAAAAAGCUGGGUAGUGUGGCUCAGCUUAAUUGUGUUCUCAGUCGACCCAUGCAGAGGAAGCUAGUGACACUGAUAAACUGUCAGCUGUUGGAGGAGGAGGGUCGCUCCCGGGUCAUGAGGGCCGCGAGGUCGCUGGGAGAGAGAACCGUCACGGAGCUCAUACUACAGCACCAGAAUCCUCAACAAUUGUCUGCCAAUCUGUGGGCCGCGGUUCGCGCCAGGGGCUGUCAGUUCCUCGGACCAGCCAUGCAGGAGGAAGUGCUGAGUUUGAUUCUGUUGGCCCUGGAGGACGGGUCUGCUCUGUCUCGCAAGGUUCUUGUCCUAUUCGUGGUGCAGAGACUUGAACCGCAGUACCCUCAUGCCUCAAAAACUGCCAUCGGACAUGUUGUGCAGCUGCUCUAUCGAGCAUCCUGCUUCAAGGUGACCAAACGUGAUGAAGAAUCAUCUUUGAUGCAGCUGAAAGAAGAAUUCCGUACGAACGAGACGUUGCGACGGGAACAUGACUCCCAAAUAGUUGAAAUAGCUCUGGAGGCUGGGUUAAGAAUAUCGCCAGAACAGUGGUCGUCACUUCUGUAUGGGGAUGCUCAUCACAAGUCGCAUAUGCAGUCAAUUAUUGAUAAGUUGCAAACCCCCCAGUCGUUCAACCAAAGUGUGAGUGAGUUGAUGAUAGCUCUCGAGCGGACCGGAGACCCAUGUAAUUUGCAGAGACUUCGACCACACCUAGAGUUCCUUGCAAGCGUGGAUCCUAGUCCAGACAUGCCAGCGCCAUCGUGGGAGAACCUGGACGCUGUAAUGAAAGCAGUGAAAACUGUCGUCCGAGAUUUGUUUGACUUCCUUAACAGUUUCAGCAACAGGAAACACGAGUUGCUUCCCCUGCAGAAUGCUCGCUACAAGACCAGCAUGUGUCGGGAUCUAGCUCAGAAAGGGGUUUGUCCGAGAUCUUCCAGCUGUACGUUCGCCCACAGUCAGGAGGAAAUAGACAAAUACCGACUGAGAAAUAAGAAGAUGGGUGCGAGGAUGACGUCUGCACCGACGUCUGCGUCCCUGACAGCCAAGGAGAAGGUUGAGCUGGCUGAGGUGAACCGGACGAUGGAGAGGAAGAUGAGUGAUAACGGAUCACAGAGCACGGCACGGCCCAUCGCGGUUCGAUUGGAACCACCCGCUGGGGGGCAGCGCACAGACACAGCAGACAAACCAAAUCCACCAAAGAAAAAGGAAGACAUCUCUACUUCUAUGGGAGCAUUAGCAUUGCAGUCCUUGUCUGGCACCAAUGGUGUGCUUCCCCAAACUCCAGAAGCAUUAGCAUUGCAGUCCUUGACUGGCACCAAUGGUGUGCUUCCCCAAACUCCAGAUACAGUGUCUUUUGUUCCCACUCCUCACACGGCAAAUAGAGGCUCGGUGACGACUACCCCAAAGGAACCAUACGUCGUGUCGCAACAAGGUCCUCCUGUGGAAAUCAUGCCUCCCAAUGGUGGCUAUCAAUUCACUCAGCUGCCAUACCAAGCAGCAGUCCCGCCACCCAUGUACGUCUCGAGAUAUUCAUCGACACCCGCUUAUCCUUAUGUCUCAACAGAGAGCACUGCUUACCCCAACUACGUCAGCUAUGAUGGUACGACUCUGCCGGUGUCAACAGACCAGUGGUCGCAGCAGCAGCAGUACUACCCAAGUCAGACAGUGCCAUAUGUGCCCGGGGUUCAAGCGCUGGACAUGGGCAUGUUCGGACCAGGCUUGAUCCAGCCGGGCAGUCACUUGAACAGUUGCGAUCAGGCCAGAGAAACACUGACGGAUCUUCACUCGAGGAGGAACGAAAUUCUAGCAAAACUGCACCAGAAUUCCCAGUUUGGUUGUCGUAAGCCGGCAUGUGAGCCCCCACUGUACCCACCUAAAUACCCGGUGUCAUGCGUGCCUCAGCAGAGUGUGGGCCAUUACGGACCGUCAGCCAUGCAGACCCACCGGUCCCAGCCAUCAGUGGACAUGAGACACGCGUGUUUGAACGAGCGGUCCAUUGUGAUUAUUGACCCACGGACAGAUCAUCCAACAAGUCUGGGCUCCUGUCUCCAGGAGAGAUCCAUUGUUCACGACGGUCUCCCGCCCAGGAAUGUGCAUUCGAACAGUGUGACUUCUCAGGCGGGACUCUUACACACUACAGCGCUCUUCACUGCGGUCACCGACAGUGUCAAUGUGGCCAAAACAUCCGCACUGGAAACGUCGGUUAGAUGGCAGAAAAAUGAGAGAGAUGAUCAAAAUACGAAGCAAAAAUGGCAAGAUUUGAUCAUCUGCAUAAAAUCAGGCUGUCCCCCGUGUCUGUCGUCGACGUCAUCAGGAAGCUACGUGCCGUGGUCCAGCGAGGAGUGUGGUACCAGCCUGGAGGAGGAUGGUGGUGGGUCGAGAGAAACGUCCUUCCACACCACCAAUGUGUCGUGGGUCAAGGUAAACCAUCAAGAAGGAAGUGAAGUUCAAAAUGAAAUGAUCAAAAGGGACUAUCCACGACUUGAAAGUUAUAUUCCAUUCUAUCCCAAAGUUUCGGGGUUAGGACCAAUAUCGCGAUUGUCAACGACAGCCAAAUUCAAGAUGACUGAACCAAUGCAUGUCACAACCGAGGAGAGCAUGGGCAAGAUGAUCCCAGACUUGACUGGUGAACAAACCAAGACUUGUUCUUCAUCUCCCGAUCCUAAACACUUCACUAUUGAAGAGAUCCUGUCACAUGACAUGUAUCCCAUAAUACCUGCACAGUUCUCAACGGAUGACAUCAUUCUGCGGAAGCGUACGACCAUUGGUCCGAAAUCUGAGCCACAGCACACUUGGGAAUGCUGUAUACCAACAUCACAGAACUACUUACACGAGGAGCUGGCUCGCCUGCAGAACAAGUUGGCGAAUGCAUCCAAUUCAGAUGAGAGAUUGGCAUACGAACUACAGGCUAUUGAAUUCAAAAUUUCUUUGGGUCUGCCCAUUCAGGUGGACAUCCACGAGAAGCCAACCCUCGACCCCAAGCGGCGGCUCGAGCAGAUGGACGAGCACUUCUCCCAGCAACUGAUCAUGGACGAGAUCGACGCACAGCUCCUUGGCCUGAUCCAGCCGCGAAACACCUGAUACCGCGGUCUAGCAGUGGACUGUUUUUUGUACAAGCAGAAACUUAACAUUAAUUGGACAAAAAAAAACAAGACUGCAAAAAACCAAACGUUUUAUGAAGAUGUUUUGAGAGUUGAGCUUUCUCGUACCUGUUCGUCUUCAGACUGUGUAUCUAGUACAUAUGCCAUGUGUGUAAUGUUAGGUAUGAUUUUAUAAAUCAUAUUGUAUGUUAAUCUUUAUCAUCAGUUCACAUUAUUGUGCAUUGUACCGUUUUGGGUUUUUAUUUUGCAGUGGAUAUUUCAUUGCACUUACCUCCUAAGGAGGGAUUUUAUUUUAAUAUUGAAAAUGUUGCACUUGAGUCUUUUCAUACAAACUUCACAGUUAGAAACAAAACGUCACCUGGAUCUAUCUUUUUUUUGUAAAAAGAUUAUUUUUAUUUUAUAUUUAUUAGCUGAAACAUCCUCAGAUUAUCUUGGUUGCAAGUGCUAUAUUGCAUAAUUAACUCGAUGGUAACAAAAUGGUAAGGCACUGCCACUGGGUGUAAACAGUGAUUUUCACACAAAAUACUUGGCUACAAAUGUAAAGUUUACUUUUCCAAAAAACACUUUUUUAUGGGUGGAGGUUUUGUUUUUAAUUAAACCAAAAACUUUGUUUUAUUUAUUAACUCAUAAAAUAUUUGUUUAAACAAAGGUUUAUUUUAUAUGGUAAAAAAACUAAAUUUUUCAAAUUACUGCUGGUCUAUACCAAUGGGCUUUUUUCUUUUCUUUCUUUCUCGUUUUUUGUAAGUACAACUGGUCUUUGACGUUUGUCAUCUACAUUAUGUUGUAUUGUGUUAUUUUGUCUGAAAAUGGCUCUUAAUAUGGAUCCUUUCUUUUUAAAAGUGUAUUUGUUAAUUCUACUGUAGUUGUGUGUGUCAAUUUAGUGCACAUUAUUCAUGAUCCCUGUAGAUUAUGGCCUGGUCCUAUUACAUUCUGCAUCAUAUUGAAACCUGCCCUGUUCUUGUGUUGGUCUCCUGUAUUGUGACAAGCUUGGUUAAAUGAAUAACUGCAAUAUAAUACUAUGUAUUUUAUAGUUUUUAACCAAAUGUUACCAGGACUAACGUUAAAAUAAUCUAAUCAAGUUACACCACCAUGCAAACUUUGAAUUGCCCAUCCUGAAGCCAGGACACCAUCUCAUUUUGCUGUUUCUAAGUAGAUACCUUGGAAUUGACAUAUUACGAGCCCAGCUAUUGGUAAUAAAAAUGAGUAACUUCAAAUAUUGGCUAAUUAAAGAGUUAUCCUACUUACUAUAUUUAUUUAAGAAUUUUUUUAUAUUGCAUUUAUGUGUGUAACAUCAAUAUUUAGUGAAUAAAUACUAAGCUGCUACUAGUGAUGAUUGUAUUGGGAAUGAUGGGAUGCUGUCAGAAAGGUUAACUUUGUAAUAAAAUCAUGAACUGUCAGCUGCAGAGUUUAAAUCUAUUGGUGUUCCCAAUAACUGAGGUGUUGCUAUUGCCAUAAGAAUAACAUCGUUAUUCAUUAAGUGACACAAUUCGUAAGUGUUUUCAGUACGUCAUUACACAGAUGCAGUUGGGGGAAGAAUAAUAUCGUUAUUCAUUAAGUGACGCAAUUCGUAAGUGUUUUCAGUACGUCAUUACACAGAUGCCGUUGGGGGGAGAAUAAUAUCGUUAUUCAUUAAGUGACACAAUUCAUAAGUGUUUUCAGUACGUCAUUACACAUAUGCAGUUGGGGGAAGAAUAAUAUCGUUAUUCAUUAAGUGACACAAUUCGUAAGUGUUUUCAGUACGUCAUUACACAGAUGCAGUUGGGGGAAGGGGGGGGGGUGAGCUCUUGAAUUGUUUUUAUUCUCCAAUAGUUUUUCUUUUCAGCUAAAAAGUAAUUUUAAUGUAGCAUUUUCAAUAAUUUUUUCUAAAAUUGAAGUAGCCUUUAUUGGAAAUGAAAAUAUACAUAAUGUCAUCUGGCGAAAAAAUUUUCUGGUUUCAACUUCUUUAUUAUCCAUAUGAUUCAUCAUAACUGAGUUAAUAAUAAUCAUAGAAGUGUAAUGACAUAAUUUUGGGAAGCGAUGUCAUAACAUGAUGUUGCUUAGACUGCAUUUGAAAUAUGACGUCAUUUCAUAGUCUCCUUCUUCUAGUUGUAGCUGAAACAUUUUGAUUUGGGUCUUGUUAUUCAUAAAGAAAACAACAAUAAUAAUAUGGAUAAUCAAGAAAUUAUUACACUAGCAUGUAGGUCGUACUGAGUUUACAAAACUCGUGUCAGGAUUCUCGCUCAGGCAAGACAAAAGUCUUGACACUCAUUUCCUAAAAUCAGUACGACACACAAGCUCGUAUAAUAAUCUGUAUUUAUUAUAAAGUUAACUUUUAAUUGGCUUUCAUUGGUAAGGAUGGUGUUAACGUGCGAAGUGAUUAAAACCAUGGACCACUUACUGUUGGUGUAAUUCUGCAGGGUAUGUAUUUGAUUUAAUUACAUGUGUUCUCGUUCACUGGGUCUCUUGGUAACUGUCGGUGUGCCCAUCACACUGGUGUGUAACAACUACAGCUUUAUGAUGUAUUUGACUCGUUACACAGGGUCUUUAAUAUUGGUUAACUGGCAUGCAGUUUUGUGUAUGUUCUAGAUGCCGAUAGCCUGUCCACUGUAUAAUGUGACGAGAAUUGAGGAGCCGAUUUUAAUUUGCACUGGUUCACAUAAUUAAUAUCUGCUGUGAGUCAUGACAUUCUGUUUUUUUAAUAUCGCGGUAGGUAAACAUCACAGACAGUUCCAUGCAUUUGGGUUCACAACGGUCCUUAUUGACAGUUGCAGGUUAAACCACCUGAGACUGGCAGAAUGUUUUAGUUCUGUGGCUUGUACUAUGGAAUAGUUGUAGCAGUUGAUGUACUACCAUGUUGUACUCAAGUCUGUUAUGUAUGUAGUCCAUCAAAUAGGCACCGUCUUUUGAGUGGGAAUUUUUAGUUUAUUCAUUUCAUUUUCUUUAAUGUGUAUUUAUAAUUUUCAAUUAACGUUACAAAUUUGUACUGAACCAUUCUCAUUUUUUGUAAUAUUUACAAAUGUGAACAAAUUUAAUUUGGACCUACAACUAUCAAUUAUUAUUAAAAAGUGGUAUUUUUAAUUCUUUAAAAACAUUAGUCGGAGAUUAAACAAAUGCAUACAUAAUGCAAUAAUAGCUUGCAUAUAAUUUUACUGAAUGUAGAAGAAACUGCAUAAUACAUUGGACUGUCAUUAAACAUUUAAGAAUUUUACAUAAUUUUGUCACAAGAUUUGCAUCUUUGAUUUCAUAUUUUACUGCGAGUACUCCAUGUACAUACCAAAUGGUGAUGCAUUCUAGUCUGCACACACAACGCUUGCUUUUACCAUGUUAUCACUGAAGCACAUAUUCCACCCGUUCACAUGUUUGUUUAAACUUUCAGUUACUAGUUUUGUUUAUGAGCUGCACAAAUCCAAUAUAUAGUUGUUUUCUUUCUAAAAAGAAAUAUGCCCAACUUUCUAUUUGUAAACUGUUAUUGAUAACUUGGUUGAAUUUGUUUUUGGUCUCGCAGAAGUAGCAGUAUCGGAGUGGUUAGAUGUGUGUAGUAUUAAAAACAGGCUCUGGUAGUAAUAAACAACAUGUCGAGUGCUUUAGAAAUGUGUUUGUGUUUUCUUGUUGACUGGGAUGCAUUUACUUGAAGACAAGUUCUGUCCAUUGUGGUACAGGCAGUAACGUUGAGACUUGUUUGUUUGAAAAGUAUAAACUAUGUUUAUGUACAUGUAUGUAUUCAAGACAUUAAUUUCUUGCUAUUAAAUUAAUAGUAAUUAAAA